GACUUCAGUGAUUAACUCGUUAUCUCUGAGUUGCAGGGGUGUGGCUGAAGUGAGUGGUUGUACACCUGAAUGUAAUCAUGUGGCCUUAUAAAAGACUGAGACAGAGAUGAGAGCGAGGCGGGCUGAGUUGGUGCAGAUCUUGGGCUGGUUUCGUUUGUGCUGUAGCCUACAUUGGAGUCCUGUUGGCUUGGAGAACUCAUGAGAUAUGUGAGAUAUGGGAGAUCACCGCCACCCUCUUGAUCCAUCUUCUAUGGGAUGGUUGGAUUGUUGACUGUCAUAAGUGAUAUACAUUUGCACACAACUACUGACACACUGAUUGUCAUUUAUACUGAUUCUUAAUGUUAUGUCCUACAUGUUAUAUUCUACUAAUAAAUUCUCUCAUUAAUUGGAAGUGGUGUGUGGUGACUCCCUUAUUUUGUUGUGACUCAAUAAAGAUCAUAACAAAAUGGGGGCUCGUCUUAAAGUGAAAUUAUAUCAAAUGAAAUUUGAUUAAUAGUCGGUAUGAUUUAGGUUUUGAGCUUCUGGUAUUGUAUUUUUUUUGAGACACAUAGAUAUUGUGUUUAAACCAUCUCGUGAGUUUGAAAAUAGUCAUUAAAGGUAAGUGCAUUUUUUUUUCUCAUUUUUUUUUUUUUACAGGUGAUAUAUUGUUCAUUUUCUCCCGGUAGGAAUUAGCAACGCUUGGCGUUGAUUUUGUUAUUUUGCCUUUUUUAUUUUUGUGCAGGCUUUUGGGUGAAGUACACCGCCGUGGUUUCUGAUUGGACAAUUUGUUCAGUUUGUAAACCAUCGGUAUUUUGGUGUUUCAAGUCGCUUUGCUCUUGAAAGCUGCAUGAAGACUAGGUAUAUGUUAGUUUAGUGGGUUGGUAGGCAGUUUAGAAGGGGGAGAGUGAAUGAUUGUUUCACCUGUUUUGCUCUGAAAGGGAAAUAAAUGCACUUGCUUUUGGUUUUUGUGUAAUAAUUUGUAAGAACAGAAUGGCGUCUAUAGAAGAGUUUAUUAAAGCUCCUUCAGAGGAGAAAUUAAAUUCUUUUGUAAAACAACAAUUAUGGGACCUUGUAGAGCAUUUUAAAAUCAGUGAGGUCGAUAAGAAAACACGGAAAAAGGAAUUGCGAUCUGUUGUGAAAAAUUGGUUAUGUAAAAAUAGCCUUAUGGUGGUUUCUCCACAGGAAACAAAAGGCAGUGAUGCGAAAGGUUCUUCUGAUAUUUUUUCCGGGUUAUCUUUUGAGGAAAGAAAAGAGAUUUUACUAAUGCAGCAGCUUCACGAUAGAGAGUUGAUAAAAGAAACUAAACAGUAUGAAUUGGAGAUUGAAAAAAUGAGAAAUGAGAAAGUGCGCAGACAAAAUGAGCUUGAUUUUGAAAAAGUUAAAAUAGAGGCUGAGAAAUCUACACGAGAUUAUGAACUGCAGGUGGAACGAUUGAGAUUAGGAAAAGAAGGGAGAAUGUCAGAUGUUGGGGAGAGAGGUUUAGGUUUAUCUGAAGGGUUUGACUUGGCAAGUAAUCUGAGACUGCUUCCCAAAUUUAAUGACCAUGACCCUGAUAUCUUCUUUUCUCUGUUUGAGACUAUGUCCGAAGAAAGAAAUUGGCCGAGGUCUAUCCGAGUUGUCAUGCUUCAGACCGUAAUCACAGGCAAGGCACAGGAAGCAUUUGCAGCGCUCACAAUGGAGGACAGAAAGGAUUAUGAUAAGGUAAAAGUUGCUAUUUUGAAGGCAUAUGAACUAGUUCCUGAAGCCUAUCGCCAGCGAUUUCGCAGCUGGAGAAAAGGUGAUCGUCAAACUCACUCUGAGGUAGUAAGGGAUCUGGUUUCUUAUUUUGAUCGUUGGUGUGUUGCGUCCGCUGUUGAUGAUUUUGAAAAACUGCGUGAUUUGGUCAUCUUGGAACAAUUUAAAAAUAUUGUGCCUGAUGACAUUGCUACAUACAUAAAUGAAAAGAAGCCAAGGGAUGCAAUGGAAGCGGCAGUUUUGGCAGAUGAUUAUGUAUUAACGCAUAGAAAGGUAUAUAGAGAGGAUAGAUCAGGUCACCAGAGUGGUAAUUUUAAUGAAAACCGAGUUGGAGUAAAGAAAUUUGAACAAAUGUAUCCUUCAAAGUCAGAGAACAGUGGUCGAAUGAAAUCUGACAGAGACUUGGUGUGUAAUUAUUGUUUUAGUCUGGGCCAUUGGAAAAAUAAGUGCCCUGUUUUGGCUGCUAAGGGGAAGCUGGGAAAAAAGAAAUCACAUAUUAGUCCCGUGUUAGUGACUGACAUUUCUGAAGCUACCCAUGACCUUGAUCCUAGUACUUCCAUAGAGGUGGGGGAGGAAGUAUGUGACUCCAAAUUGUUAGCCAUGGAAAACUUUGUACCGUUUAUUACAGACGGUUGUGUGUCAUUGCCAAACUCUGAGAUUAAAAUACCAGUUAAAAUUUUGAGAGAUACAGGUUCAUCAGAAUCCUUUAUUACUGAAUCUGUUUUGCCCUUUUCCCAGGUAUCAGGUGAAGGGAGGAGUGUUCUUAUUAGGGGAAUUGGAUUAAACACUCUUUCUGUUCCUCUAUAUAGAGUACACUUGACCUCCGACCUGAUUUCUGGAGAGGUAUCUUUGGGAGUUCGUCCAUCUUUGCCAGUGGAUGGGGUUGCUGUCAUCCUGGGUAACAAUUUGGCUGGAGGUAGAGUCUGGCGAGAGGUGAUUCCUCCUCCUGAGGUAGUAUCUAUUCCAGUUACUGAGAACUCCGAUGUUCUGAAUCAAAAUUUUCCUGAAGUAUUUAAGGCUUGUGUUGUGACUCGUGCAAGGAGUCGUGAGAUGGCAUUGGAGAAACAAGAAGUGUCAAAAUAUGUGGUGCCUGGUUUAUCUACCCUUUCACCAAUUUCUCAUAGGGAGUUGGUAGAUGCGCAGCAGGAGGACCUGGAGUUGCAGAAGUUGUUUGAUGCUGUUAUUUCGCCUCAGGAGGUAAGAAGUGCUGUGAGUGGAUGUUUUAUCCAAGAUGAGGUGCUUGUAAGGAAGUACGUUCCCUGUAAAGAGACUUUAAUGGAGGAGUGUAUCAUUCAAGUGGUGGUGCCAAAAAAAUUUAGAGAUGUAGUGUUACAACAAGCUCAUGGUGAAGUGGCUGGACACUUAGGAGUAAGGAAGACCUAUGAUCGAAUUUUACGACAGUUUUAUUGGCCCCGUUUGAAAAAGGAUAUAUCGUCUUUCAUUAGAACAUGUCACACGUGCCAGUUGACUGGGAAGCCUACUCAGUUGUUGAGACCAGUGCCUUUGAGUCCUAUUGUUGUUACAAGUAAACCAUUUGAGCACUUAAUAAUUGAUUGCGUGGGACCAUUGCCUCCAUCAAAAUCAGGGAAUGCAUAUUUGUUGACCGUUAUGUGUCAGGCAACUCGCUAUCCAGCAGCUUAUGCUCUCCGGAGUAUUACCACCAAAGCGGUUGUCAAGGCCCUAACUCAGUUUAUAUCUAUCUUUGGGAUACCGAAGAUUAUUCAAAGUGAUAACGGUACAAAUUUUACAUCUCGUAUGUUUGCUGAGGUUUUGAGGGUGCUUAAAGUGAAACACAAUCAGUCAAGUGUAUAUCAUCCUCAAAGCCAGGGUGUGAUAGAAAGAUUCCAUCAGACUUUAAAGUCACUUUUGCGUGCUUACUGUGUGGAGUUAAGCCGUGACUGGGAGGAGGGUCUACCCUGGCUGUUACUGGCUGCCAGGGAAGUACAGCAAGAGAGCUUAGGAUUUAGCCCAAAUGACUUGGUUUUCGGUCAUCGUGUACGUGGACCUCUUUCUGUUUUGCGUGAGGGACUAGGUGAGGAGGAUCCUCCGCGAAAUUUGGUAGAGUAUGUCAAUGGUUUUCGUAGGCGUUUGUUUUUGGCUGGAUUGAGUGCACAGAAGAAUCUUGCUGUUGCGCAAGAGAAGAUGAAGAAUCAUUUUGAUAAGCAUGCUGAAGGUCGUGUCUUUACACCAGGUGAUCAGGUGUUAAUUUUGUUGCCAACUUCUGGGUCUCCUUUUUGUGCUAAGUUUACUGGACCAUAUACUGUUCUUCAGAAACUGUCUGACGAAAAUUAUCAAGUUGCAACUCCCGGUAGGCGCAAAUCUAAGCAGUGUUUCCAUGUAAAUUUGCUUAAGGCUUAUCGUUUUCGAAAUUCUGAGGUUCAGCCAACUAAAUCAGUUGCUCCUGUUGUCACUGCUUCUGUUGAGUCUUAUCAACCUUUUGUUGAGAGAGAAGAUAUGGUUAAGGAAGAUACAGUUGUUCCUGAAGAUUGUGUGUUGCUACCUCGAUUAAAAAAUUCAGAGACUCUUCAGAAUUUAGAUGUGUUGUUUUCACAUUUGACAGAGGGCCAAAACAAAGACCUAACCCAGAUGUUAUUGGAGUUUUCUGGCUUGUUUUCAGAUAUACCCACUCGAACUCAUCUGAUACAGCAUGAUGUUGAUGUGGGAGAGGCGCAACCUAUUCAUCAACGUUUUUAUAGGGUUCCAGUGAGUAAGAAAGAAGCAUUGGAAUCUGAAGUUCAAUAUAUGCUUGAGAACGGAAUAGCUGUUCCGUCGUGCUCAAGUUGGGCUUCACCUUGCUUGUUGGUGAGGAAAGCAGAUUCAACUUAUAGAUUUUGCACUGACUAUCGCAAGCUAAAUGCCAUCACAAAGCCUGAUGUUUUUCCGCUUCCACGAAUGGAAGAUUGUGUAGAUCAGGUGGGUACAGCUAAUUUUGUAAGCAAGUUAGAUCUUCUUAAGGGUUACUGGCAAGUGCCGUUGACUCCUAGAGCUAGAGAAGUAACCUCCUUUAUUACAUCGUCUGGAUUAUACUCGUACUCUGUGAUGAGUUUUGGGUUGAGAAAUGCCCCUGCCACCUUCCAAAGAUUGAUGAAUCGAGUGAUAUAUGGGCUGGAAGGGUGUGCAGUGUAUUUAGACGAUGUUAUUGUUUUCAGUGAGACCUGGGAGCAACAUUUGGUUCGUUUGCGAGCUCUUUUGACUCGGUUGACUGAGGCAUGUCUUACAGUUAACUUGGCAAAGUGUGAAUUUGCCAAGGCUACUGUAAGAUAUUUGGGGAAAGAGGUUGGACAAGGUAAAGUGCGACCAGUUCAGGCCAAAGUUCUUGCCAUUCAGCAGUUUCCUUCUCCGUCUACCAAGAAAGAACUCAUGCGGUUCUUGGGGAUGGUUGGUUAUUACCGGGGGUUCUGUCCAAAUUUUUCAACUGUGGUUUCUCCCCUGACUGAUUUACUUAAGAAUUCAGUGAAAUUUGAUUGGAGUGAGAAUUGUCAGAGAGCUUUUGAGAAUGUUAAGUUAUUAUUAACCACUGUUCCUGUUUUAGCUGCUCCAAGGCUGGAUAUGCCAUUUAAGUUACAGGUGGAUGCCAGCCAGGUUGGUGCUGGAGCUGUCUUGUUACAGACAGGGGAGAAUGGUUUGGACUAUCCUGUGAGCUUCUUUUCUCGAUCCGGAUUGCUGUUGGCAAGGUGGGGCCGUGUAAGAGAAUGGAAGGAAUUGUAGAAAAAUCAUGGUUGUACUGUGAUCAGAGGUGGUAUAACAAUGAGUGUUGAAUUAUGAUUUCUAAGUUUGUGGUGUUUUGUUUUUUUUUGAUCCGAUUUGUAUCAGAUCUUUUUUAAAGGGUGGUGUGUGACGACUUCAGUGAUUAACUCGUUAUCUCUGAGUUGCAGGGGUGUGGCUGAAGUGAGUGGUUGUACACCUGAAUGUAAUCAUGUGGCCUUAUAAAAGACUGAGACAGAGAUGAGAGCGAGGCGGGCUGAGUUGGUGCAGAUCUUGGGCUGGUUUCGUUUGUGCUGUAGCCUACAUUGGAGUCCUGUUGGCUUGGAGAACUCAUGAGAUAUGUGAGAUAUGGGAGAUCACCGCCACCCUCUUGAUCCAUCUUCUAUGGGAUGGUUGGAUUGUUGACUGUCAUAAGUGAUAUACAUUUGCACACAACUACUGACACACUGAUUGUCAUUUAUACUAAUUCUUAAUGUUAUGUCCUACAUGUUAUAUUCUACUAAUAAAUUCUCUCAUUAAUUGGAAGUGGUGUGUGGUGACUCCCUUAUGUUGUUGU